AUGCAAGAAGAGCCUCUUCGUGGCCUCCACACAAUCGUCGGCAUCGGUCGUCGCUCUCCAGUCCAUCGGCUCUCCGCGCCGUCAGCAACUUGGUUGUCCUCAAUCCUCUGUCUUCCUCAGCCCUCAGUCUUCCUCAGCCCUCAGUCUUCCUCAGUUCUCAGUCCUCAGUCCUCAUCUGCAACUGUAAAAGACGGCAUGCUAAGACAAAAUCUAACACAGCUAAGAAAAGAGACUUUAUACUUGUUACUAAAAAUCUCCGAUUAUGUGCCAACAGUAUUUGACAAUUUCAGUGCGAAUGUGGUUGUGGAUGGGACCACAGUCAAUCUAGGGUUGUGGGAUACUGCUGGCCAGGAGGAUUACAAUAGAUUAAGACCUUUGAGUUAUCGUGGGGCAGAUGUUUUCCUGCUUGCUUUUUCUCUCAUUAGCAAGGCCAGUUAUGAAAAUGUUGCAAAGAAGUGGAUUCCUGAAUUGAGGCAUUAUGCACCUGAAGUACCAGUUAUUCUUGUUGGGACUAAGCUUGAUCUCCGAGAUGAUAAGCAAUUCUUUAUAGAUCACCCUGGUGCAGUGCCUAUUACUACAGCUCAGGGGGAGGAACUGAGAAAGCUAAUUGGGGCUACUGUUUAUAUUGAAUGUAGUUCUAAAACUCAGCAGAACGUGAAAGCCGUCUUUGAUGCAACCAUUAAAGUGGUUCUCCAGCCAACAAAAUAGAAGAAGAAAACGAGAAGAAAGGCACAAAAAGCCUGCUCCAUAUUGUGAUUGAAAAAGAAACUAUGGGAAGAAAACAUGACCAUCUAGGCAUUUAUCCCAUUUAUCUUUAGCUAUAUAUCUUUACGUUUUCCCAACUUGAGGAAGCGGCAGAGAUCUGGUAUUAGCAUGCAUCUACUGACAGAACUAGGAAGUACAUUAUA